UAGUCGUUCAUAUAGUUCUAGUGUUAACGUAUUCUUUCAUUGUCAUAUUUUUACUAUUUCUUCAUCACAGUAUUGUAAAUCUUAAACAGUAGUUUAUAUUAUACAAACAGUGACGAGGUGUUAGGCCAUAUCAUUUUUGUGUUAGGUACCUAUAUCUUCGAUUGUUCGUUUGGUUUUUGAUCAUAUGUAUAUAAAGCGUCCAGUAUGAUUCAUCGUGAGUGUGCUACCUAGGCAUAUCUCUAUUUCGAAGUUAUAUCGUGCGAAACAACUAUUUAAUUUUAUAUAACGAUAAACUUUUUACUUUUUUUUAUGCGUGUCAAAAAAUUAAAAAAUUUCAUAUUUUUAUAAAUCAUGUUCCGUGUCAUCAAUUUUGUGAUUGUGUUAAGUACUGUGGUGCCCUAUGAAAAGGUGUUCGCCGCAAAACAGAAUCCCCCUCAUAUAGUUUUUGUAAUGGCUGACGACUUGGGUUGGAACGACGUCAGCUUUCAUGGUUCAAACCAAAUAAAUACUCCCAAUAUCGAUGCACUGGCAUAUGACGGAAUAAUUCUAAACAAUCAUUAUAGCGAAUCUUUGUGUACACCGUCUCGGUCGGCAUUGCUUACUGGAAAAUAUCCUAUUCAUACCGGGACGCAACAUAAUGUGAUAUUAGAGCCCGAACCUUGGGGGUUACCAUUGAAUGAAAUAUUACUGCCUGAACAUUUAAAUAAAUUAGGUUAUGAAUCUCAUGCGGUUGGUAAAUGGCAUUUGGGUUACUUCAAGAAAACUUAUACACCAACAUACCGAGGUUUCAAAAGCUUUUAUGGUUUCUGGAAUGGAUAUCAAGAUUAUUAUACACAUAUGGUCCAAGCAACU